GUCAGUAAUCUGCAUUCCUCGGAGUGGACAUGAACACAGAUCAUCAGAGCACUGAUGAUCACCCCAGCAGUGCCACCUGUCAGUGUCCAUCAGCGCCUUAUGUCAGUGCUCAUCAGUGCCUCGUGCCAGUGCCCAGCAGUGCCACAUAUCAGUGCCUACCAGUGCACAUCAAUGCCACAUAUCAGUGCCCAUCUGAGCUGCCUUUCAGUGUCACCCAUCAGUGCCAGUCAGUGCCACCUAUCAAUGCCAAUCAGUGCCACCUAUCAGUGCUGCCAAUCAGUGCCACCUAUCAGUGCCAGUCAGUG